AAGCGCUCGGUCUCAGAAAGCAGCGCGGGAAAAGCGUCUGUUUGGGUGAAAGCUGGAGUGACGCACGGAGGUUCUGUGUUGAGCAAUUGUUACAACUGUAGCAGCUUAAAUUGUCAAGUGUCAGGAUGAAGGUGGUAACCUGUGAGAUUGCCUGGCAUAAUAAAGAGCCAGUAUAUAGUAUAGAUUUCCAGCAGAACGGGGAGGGGAGGAUACAGCGCCUGGCUACAGCUGGGGUGGACACCACAGUACGGAUGUGGCGUGUAGAUAAAGGUCCUGAUGGGAAGGCGGUUGUUGAGUUUUUGUCAAACUUGGCACGACAUACUAAAGCAGUGAAUGUGGUACGUUUCUCACCCACUGCGGAACUCCUGGCUUCUGGAGGGGAUGAUGCGGCUAUCUUGCUUUGGAAACUGAAUGACAAUAAAGAGCCUGAACAAGCCUUUCAGGAAGAUGAAGAUGCUCAACUCAAUAAAGAGAGCUGGAAUGUAGUGAAGACUCUGAGAGGACACAUUGAGGACGUUUAUGAUAUCUCAUGGACCGGUGAUGGGAAUUUCAUGGUUUCCGGCUCUGUGGACAACACUGCCAUCAUGUGGGAUGUCAACAAAGGUCAAAAGAUGUGCAUCUUUAAUGAUCAUAAGAGUUAUGUGCAGGGAGUGGCAUGGGACCCACUUGGACAGUACAUUAGCACGCUAAGCUGUGACAGGGUGAUGCGUGUGUACAGUGCUCACAACAGGAAAAAAGCUUACAGUGUGAGUAAGAUGACAUCAGCCACUGGUGGAGAUGGAGAGGUGAAGAACUAUAGAAUGUUUCAUGAUGACGGCAUGAGAUCAUUCUUCAGACGUCUCACCUUCACGCCAGAUGGGUCAUUCCUCCUUGCACCAGCUGGGUGUGUUGAGGCUGGAGAGAAUGUCACAAACACCACAUAUGUAUUUUCCAGGAGAAGCUUUAAGAGGCCCAUCGCUCAUCUGCCCUGUCCAUCUAAAGCAACCCUGGCUGUGCGCUGCUGCCCAGUCUUCUAUGAACUCAGGACCAUGAAAGCUGAAGACGGUUCACUGAAGCCAGUGUCAAAUACUUUCAAUUUGCCGUAUCGACUGGUGUUCGCAAUUGCAUCAGAAGACUCAGUAUUCUUUUAUGACACACAACAAAAACUACCAUUUGGAUAUGUGUCAAACAUUCACUACCACACACUGAGUGAUCUCAGCUGGUCUCGUGAUGGCUCCUUUUUGGCAGUGUCGUCAACAGAUGGCUACUGUUCCUUCGUGUCAUUUGAGGAGGGGGAGCUCGGCACUCCGUUAAAGGAGAGACCUCCAAUGGAGAUGGUGACCCCAGCCUCCACCAAUGAGAAAAAGGGCAAGAGAACUUCAGCCAAUGGCAGGACCGCUUCCCCAGUGCCCCGCCAGGCCAACACACCUGCUGCACAGGAAAAGGAGAAAGAGGCAUCUGCUGGCCCUGCAUCUUCAAAGACCCCCAGCAUAUCUGGUCCAGAAGAAAAAAACACACUGCAAGGGUUGAAAACAAAACCUCAACCCAGACGGAUCACACUCAACACCUUGGAGGGCUGGGGCAAACCCAGCAUCCCCAAAUCACCAGCAGCUGCCCCCAAUACAGCCCCUAACACCCCCAAAUCUGCUCCCUCCACACCUUCCUCCAGCAAACUGCCCCUCACACCCAAUACAGCCCCCAGCACUCCGCUUGGGCCCUUCAACUCCAGAAGUACCACAACUCCAAAGGGACCUACUCCCAGACGAAUCUCACUGACUCCUGUUGUGUCCAGAUCCCCCGCUCCCUCUCAUGGCUUUGUUACUCCAUCGUCCACCGAGAAAGCCAAACAUGAAAGACCUUCUCCCCCCGGUGACCCAGCAUGCAAACCUCCUGAAUCCAAGAGGUCCAAGACUGAUGUUCCCAAUAACUCUACCCAGAGCAAUGAACACAAAGUGACCACAGAACCCAGCGUCAAACCCCAGCAACCUUAGACAUUGAACAUGGUUCAUUGUGCCUUAAAGCACUCACAUCCGCAGAGAUUAAGUACAACCAUUAAAUUAGUAACUUAAAACAUCUGAUCCCAAGCUGCACAUGUGAAUACAAGGACAUAUGGAGUCAGGCAUGGACUUGCAUACUGUUUCUUAAACUCAUGUUUACUUCUUGAUUUUCAGUGUUUUUCCGUGAGUAAAAGAAAUGCAUGAAAUUCCCCAAACAGCCUGCUUCUCCAUGGUUCAAUUUUAUAUUAAUUUUGUUUAAGCUUAUGGACCUUACAAUUGUAUUAUUACUGUCAGUUUCAGUUUUGUUAAUGAAAAGCUGUUAAGAAUGGGGAAAUGGUUCUUGAACUAGUUUUUCUUGACUUUGAAGUACAAAAUGUUCAGAUAAAUUGAUGUGGUUGCAUUGUAAAGAGUUGCUUAAACAUUUUGUGAUGUUCUUAAGAUCUAAAUGAGUUGCCUGGGUCUGGGUUCUUCUCUAGCAUAUUUUAUCAACUUAUGAUGUCAAUUUAAUUGCAUUCAUAAUAUUUUAAUGUAGUUUUUUGGUAGAUCAUGAUUAAUUUCAUAGCAUAUUGUGAUAAAAUGAAAAUGCAAAGGUUGUUUUGAUAAUUAACAGUAUUGCCAGGAUUUUAAUGAGCUCUCUCACAUUAAGGGAAAUAUAUGAACCUGGUCUGCAAAUAUGUAUUUAUUUGGCUGAUUCUUACACUAAUUUCCCUUUAAUCAUAAAUAUUUGGUUACAGUCUUGCAGAGUACC